AUGGGUGCUGCUUGUGUUCAGCUCCUGUUGGCUGCCACCCUGUGGACGGUGCCUGUCCUGUCGAGCCCCACGGAGCUGCUCAGCAUCACCAGGGCUGGAUCUGACACAGAGUCAGGCUUCAGGAAUCUGACCGGCAGCGUCUAUGUGCCUCGCAGCAGGCGCAAGCGAGCCAUUUCGUCCAGGGACAUGAACGCCUUGCUGGAUUACCACAACCGAGUUCGCUCUCAGGUUUUCCCCCCGGCUGCCAACAUGGAAUACAUGGUCUGGGAUGAGGGAUUAGCCAAGUCAGCGGACUCUUGGGCUUCACGCUGCAUAUGGAAUCAUGGUCCAACACAAGCCAUGAGAUAUAUGGGCCAAAACCUGUCAGUCAAUUCUGGAAGGUACCAGUCUAUCGUUGAUCUGGUGAGGUCAUGGUACGACGAGAGGCAUCACUUCUCCUACCCAAACAGAUGCAGUGGAUCUGUGUGCUCUCACUACACACAGAUGGUGUGGGCCAGCACCAGCAGAGUGGGAUGUGCCAUAAAGAAAUGUUCAAACAUGUAUGUGUUUGGUAGCACCUGGAGGGAGGCAACACUUCUAGUCUGCAACUAUUCUAUAAAAGGGAACUGGGUGGGGGAGGCUCCCUAUAAGGUGGGGAAGCCCUGCUCCGCCUGUCCAUCGAGCUACGGCGGCAGCUGCUGGAGAAACCAGUGUUCAGGGGAAUCCAAAUCCAACAGACAUAAAAGAUACUACAAACAAUAG